CUGAAGCCGCGCUGCGUGCGCCGGCACGAGCCUCUCAAGGAGUCCGGCGGAGCUGCCGCUUGCGCGGCACGCCCGCCGGACUCCUUGACCGUCGUUUCCAACCGUCGAUACACUCGGAUCUAUGCGGGGUUUCCUGUCCGCGUACUCGGCUCAAAGUCCAACCGCGACCUGACUUGGCGCGUCAAGGCUCUGGUUCCGUUGGUGAACCGGAUCAACGAGCUCGAGUCGCGGAUGGUCGCUCUCUCGGAAGCCGACUUUCCGGCGUGGACCGACAAGCUGCGAACGCGCCUCGAGUCCGGUGAGCCGCGCGCCCGGAUCCUGCCGGAGGCGUUUGCGCUGGCACGCGAGGCAGCGCGUCGGCAGCUCGGCGAGCGCAUCUUCGACGUCCAGCUCAUGGGCGGCAUCAUCCUGGACCACGGCGCGAUCGUCGAGAUGAAGACCGGUGAGGGCAAGACGCUGGCCAGCGUGCCGACCGCGUAUCUCAAUGCGCUCUCGGGCGACGGGGUGCACAUCGUCACGGUCAACGACUAUCUGGCCGAGCGCGACGCAGAGUGGAUGGGCCGCGUGCACCGCUACCUUGGCCUGAGCGUAGGCGUGGUUCUGUCGCGCAUGGAAAUGCGCGAGCGCAUGGAAGCCUAUGCCUGCGACAUCACCUACGGCACCAACAACGAGCUUGGCUUCGACUACCUGCGCGACAACAUGCGCUGGGAUGCCGACGCACGCGUGCAGCGCGGUCACCGGUACUGCAUCGUGGACGAGAUCGACUCGAUCCUGAUCGACGAGGCGCGCACCCCACUGAUCAUCUCCGGGGCGGCCGAAGACGAUACCGAACGGUUCGCGCAGGUCGAUCGGCUGGUGGACGCGCUGCGCGAGUGCGCGAAGGACCCGGAGACCGACGACUAUCCGGAGGAGCCGAGCGGCGACUACAAGAUCGAUGAGAAGGGCAAGCGCGUCUCGUUCACGGAUGAAGGACUCAACGCAGCCGAACGGCUGCUGCGCGGCAAGGGCCUGAUCCGCGGCGGCUCACUGGUCGACGAUGAGAACUUCGAGUACAUCCACUAUCUGACGCAGGCGUUGCGCGCCCAUCGGUUGUUCCAGAGCGACGUCGACUACGUGCUCGAAGACGCAACCGUGCAGAUCGUGGACGAGUUCACCGGGCGCAUACUGCAUGGCCGCCGCUAUUCGGACGGCCUGCACCAGGCGAUAGAGGCGAAGGAGCGCAUCCCGAUCCUCAAGCGCAACCGGACGCUCGCCUCCAUCUCGUUUCAGAACUACUUCAAGCUCUACGACAAGCUGUCCGGCAUGACCGGCACCGCCGACACGGAGGCGACCGAGUUCAGCAACAUCUACGGCCUGGACGUGGUGGUCAUACCCACCAAUCGCCCACUGGUGCGGGCCGACCAUGACGACGUGAUCUUUCUCAACGAGCAGGACAAGCUGGCGGCGAUCUGCGACGAGCUGGCCGCCUGCCAGAAGGCGGGACAGCCCGUGCUGGUCGGCACUGUCUCCAUCGACAAGUCCGAGCAGCUUGCCAGGCUGCUCCACGGCCGGGGGGUCGCCCAUGAGGUGCUCAACGCCAAGGCGCACGCGCGCGAGGCGGUGAUCAUCGCGCAGGCGGGGGCCGAGGGUGCGAUAACGAUCGCCACCAACAUGGCCGGCCGCGGCACCGACAUCAAGCUGGGCGGCAACCCCGAGUAUUCGGCCCGCCGGCGGCAUGCCGCCGACGGCGGCAACGGCCACGGCGCCGAAGAGCGGUUCACGUCCAUCUACGAGCGCGAGCUCAAAGACUGGCAGCCCCGCUACGACACGGUGCGCGGCGCCGGCGGGCUGCACGUGCUCGGCACCGAGCGCCACGAGUCGCGCCGCAUCGACAACCAGUUCCGCGGCCGCUCGGGCCGCCAGGGCGAUCCCGGAUCAUCCCGCUUCUACAUCUCGCUCGACGACGACCUGAUGCGGCUGUUCGGGGACAACCUGCGCAGCAUGAUGUCGAAGGUGGGCAUGAAGGACGGCGAACCGCUGGCCCAUCCGUGGCUGAACAAGUCGAUCGCUCGCGCGCAGAAGCGGGUCGAGGAGCGCAACUUCGAGCUGCGCAAGCACCUGCUGGACUUCGACAACGUGCUCAACGAGCAGCGCAAGUACAUCUACGGCAAGCGCGACGAGAUCAUGGCGGAUACGGAUCUGCUUGGCCGGGUACUGGAGACCGCCACGGAGGCCGUCGAGGACCUGACCGGUGCCGCCGAAUUCUCCGUAACCGGGACGCUCUCGGCGCUGCGCUCACGGUUCGGAUUCCUCAUGCCGGACGGGGAAUCGGGCCACCAUCUGACCGAAAAGGCGGAAGUGGUCGGGACGCCCAACUUCAAUCUGUUCAUCCGCUACGAGUACCUGCGUCUGAUCGACGCGCGCUGGCAGGAUCACCUGGAGAAUCUGGACUCGUUGCGCGAGGCGGUGUACCUGCGCACCUACAGUCAGAAGAAUCCCUUGCUGGAGUACAAGCUGGAGGGUUUCCAGAUUUUCGACGAGAUGCUCUCCGGCAUUCGCAUCGCGAUCGCGGAGAAGGUCUUCCGCGUGACAAUCAGAGCGGGCGACGGCACGUCCGGCCCGGGCCCGACAUCGCGCAGAUUGCAGCCGCAGGGCAUGGCGACCGUUCACCGCGAGAUGGGCCAGUUCGCGGCGAUGCCGCAGCAGGGCGAUGCCCCGGCCGCGGCGACGAUGCCCGCCCGCGGUGCCCAGCCGCCCUGA